AUGGGAAACAAAACUUCCCGUGUUAUCGGUUGUUUCGUGCCGUCAAGUGAUAAAAACGGCGUUGAUUUGGAGUGUUUGGAACCUUUAGAUGAAGGAUUAGGCCAUUCCUUCUGCUACGUUAGGCCAAGUAUCUUCGAGUCACUGGAGAAUACUCCUUCUAACUCGGAGAGGUUCACGAUUGAUUCAAGCACACUUGAUUCUGAGACACUUAGUGGGUCUUUUCGAAACGAGGUCGUUGAUGAUCCCUCUUUCUUGAAUAGACAUAACAGUAAAGGUUUGGGGGAAACUACGUUUAAGGCAAUCUCAGGUGCUUCGGUUAGCGCCAAUGUUUCCACGGCUAGGACUGGGAAUCAGAUGGCAUUUUGUUCAAGUGAAGUGUUGGAGCCUGCUGCUUCAUUUGAGAGCACUUCCUCGUUUGCAUCAAUUCCUUUGCAGCCACUUCCACGUCGUGGUUCGGGACCUUUGAAUGGUUUCAUGUCUGGGCCUCUAGAGAGAGGUUUUGCAUCUGGUCCUUUGGAUAUAAACAAUGGUUUCAUGUCAGGGCCUAUAGAGAAAGGAGUAAUGUCUGGACCUCUUGAUGUAUCUGAUAAAUCUAAUUUCUCGGCGCCGCUAUCUUUUAGACGCAGAAAGCCUCGUUUUCAGCGGUUUGUGAGGAGUGUAAGCGGACCAAUGAGAAGUACAUUAGCAAGGACAUUUUCUAGACGGUCUGGAGGGUUAAGGUGGAUGCAUCGCUUCUUCUUGCAUCCGGAGACUAUGGUUUCCUGGCCUGUUGGAAAGGAAGGUAAGUUACAUGGUGAAGACCAGGAAAGUUGUCUGGAGAGCAACCGCAACUUACAAUGGGCUCAUGGGAAAGCUGGAGAAGACAUGGUUCAUGUUGUGCUCUCUGAGGAACAAGGAUGGCUCUAUAUAGGGAUAUAUGAUGGGUUUAGUGGACCGGAUGCUCCAGAUUUCGUAAUGAGUCAUCUAUACAAAGCUAUAGACAAGGAAUUGGAAGGUCUUCUCUGGGAUUAUGAUGAGCCAUCUGUAGAUAAUCCAUUGCAGCCAGACCAGGAACGUCAUUCUACCGAAGAGAAUUCGUGUAUUCCAGAAACUAUCAGCGAGCAGCAUUCAAAGUCAGUACUGGUAGGAAGUGAAGAGGUGAUGACUGAUUGUAACAGUAGCCUUGGAAAAGCCGAUACUCAGAUUGGUGAUGUUCUACCUGGAAAUUUAGCAGGUCCUGGCAAGAAAAGCAUGAGACUUUACGAGCUACUUCAAUUGGAACAGUGGGAUGAAGAAUAUACCAGACUUAACCAUUCUCAAGGAGGUAAUGUGGCUCUAAAUGAUAUGACCAAUCAGGUCGAAAAGCCAUCUACUUCAGGUGAAGGAGCUGGAAAUGAUCCGUGUGCCACUGACCGUAGUGAUCUUGAUGGGAUUCCAACCUCGGGACAACCCCAUGGGACUAAAAAAUCCCAGAUAAGCUCUAAGAUAAGAAGAAUGUAUCAGAAACAAAAGUCUUUGCGGAAAAAGCUGUUUCCUUGGAGUUAUGAUUGGCACAGAGAAGAAGGCACUUGCGUUGAAGAGAAGAUAGUGGAGUCAUCAGGACCGAUUAGGAGACGCUGGUCAGGAACUGUCGACCAUGAUGCUGUUCUAAGAGCCAUGGCUAGAGGACUAGAAAGUACUGAAGAAGCUUACAUGGAAAUGGUAGAGAAGUCUCUUGACAUAAACCCGGAGCUUGCGCUAAUGGGUUCAUGUGUUCUCGUAAUGCUAAUGAAGGAUCAAGAUGUUUACGUGAUGAACGUUGGAGAUAGUCGGGCUGUCUUAGCGCAAGAAAGGCUCCAUGAUCGUCACUCUAAUCCCGGUUUUGGGAAUGAUGAGGGUAUCAUUCAUAAGAGUAGGUCCCGAGAAUCACUUGUGCGUAUGGAACUGGAUAGAAUAUCAGAGGAAUCGCCACUACACAAUCAAACAACUCAAAUCAGUGUCUCAAACAAAAAUAGAGAUGUAACCUCUUAUCGUUUAAAAAUGAGAGCCGUUCAGCUCUCAAGUGACCAUAGCACAAGUGUGGAAGAGGAAGUUUCGCGGGUUAAAUCCGAACAUCCGGAAGAUGAGCAGUCCAUAGUAAAAGAUAGAGUGAAAGGCCAACUCAAAGUCACCCGAGCUUUCGGUGCUGGAUUUCUCAAAAAGCCAAAUUUCAACGAGGCCUUGCUGGAGAUGUUCCGAGUAGACUACAUUGGAACAGAUCCAUACAUAACCUGCGAACCAUGUACUGUCCAUCACAGGCUCACUUCAAGCGAUCGUUUCUUGGUUUUAUCCUCUGAUGGAUUAUAUGAAUACUUCAGCAACGAAGAGGUUGUUGCUCACGUGACUUGGUUCAUCGAAAACGUUCCUGAAGGUGAUCCUGCUCAAUACCUCAUUGCAGAGCUUCUCUCUCGUGCAGCCACCAAGAACGGGAUGGAGUUUCAUGAACUGUUGGAUAUACCUCAAGGAGAUCGAAGAAAGUACCAUGAUGAUGUCUCUGUUAUGAUGUAA